CUUAGACAAGUCUUAAACCGACUGCAGUAGCUGUGACAAGUACGAACGCCCUACAUUAUCCGUCGAAUCCCCCCCCACCAUGAGCACGGAAUUGUGCCGCUGCAUCGAAUGCCCGAUUUAGACCGUCGGCAACUUGUGAUUGGAUCCGGCACUCCUUCUCACAUCUCUUACCGCAGUAGUGAGAUUAUUGAUAAGUUUUUAUAAUCCCAAUGCGCCAUUCAUCCCUCCUUGUAAACACUCACCGAACUUGCCAGUAUAUAUAUAAUCGACGCCUCCAUCAUUUCCCCAAGGACUUACGACAAUCAAUCACAAUGUCAAGUACUGAUAGACUCGAAGCUGAAAGGGCGAUCCAAAGGAACCCCCACCCAGACUUCAAAGGCGUGGAAGCCUCACGCCCACCCUUCAAUACUUCAUCUUCAUUCCACUACACAAAAACACCAUCAACAUCAUGGAAACCGGGCGAUGGUGCAAAUAUCCCUCCACCUAAUAGCGUUGCGCACCGCGAAAUCGAUCCUUACGAGGAAGGCCGUCCAGCAGUCUUCAACUACAAGCUUCUCAUCUCCGGUGUCGUUCCACGACCAGUUGGCUUCAUAUCCACAGUAAGCGGCGAUGGAAAGAGCACGAACCUAGCGCCAUUUUCCUACUUUAACUUCGUCAACCACGACCCUCCAAUCUUCGUUGUCGGUUUCGCGGGCAGCCUGGCCAAUGCGAAGGACACGCUCAGGAAUCUACUUGACACCAAAGAAGCCGUGGUCAACAUCAUCUCCGAGGAAUUCGUCGAGGCCGCAAACUUUACCUCGAUAAACGCACCGGAAGGAAUCAGUGAAUGGCCUCUAUCCGGUCUUACCCCAGCGAAGAGCAAGAUUGUGAAGCCGGACCGUGUGGCUGAAGCUGUCUUCAGCACCGAAGCAACCCUUGUAGAGGUCCGCGAGUGGGAAUCUAAGGCGACGCCCGGUAAGAAGACUGGCGUAACAGCCUUCUUAGAGGGGGUGAGAUUCUGGGUCAGAGAGGAUGCGAUCAAUGCGGAGGGCAAUAUUAUCGAUCCUAAGGUUCUCAAGCCCAUUUCACGUCUCGGUGGAAUCACAUUCGCGCGCACCACAGAAGCAUUCGAGCUCCCUCGUCCAGUUUUCGACGAGAUGUUGAAGGAUCCGGAAGCCGCCAAAUUGGCGAAGCCAAAGGCGGAUGAGCAGGAGUAGGCAGUGAAAUUCCUCGCAAAGUAUUGUAUAUCUGACAUCCGAAGCAACGAUUCGCGGGGCAAAUUAUAGACAAAAAGGACCUUAGAACACCUGUAGACUGCUUGACCAUUACAUCAUGCUCAUUAACAUAUUUGUGAUAUAGUAGGCAAACGUAUUUUUUUCACAGUGCUAGAGCAAUAUAGUGUCCA